UUCACAAUAAAAAAAUCCGGGAAAUUUCAACAAUUUUGUCAGAAGUUAUUAUCACAUAAAGAUGGAUCAGUCAAAAUUUGAAGAAGACAAUGCAAAGAAUUGUAUUUUACAAUCGGAAAUCCCAGCGAUUGCGAAAACAGAACCAUGCUGGCUUGGAAUCGAUGAAGCUGGACGUGGCCCUGUUUUAGGGCCAAUGGUAUAUGGAACAUGUUACAGUCCCAUUUCAAAAAAGGAAGAACUGAAAGCCUUAGGAUUUGCAGACUCAAAGACAUUGACAGAGGAACAAAGGGAGGCAAUAUUUGAGCAACUUACUGGUGCAGGGGAAAUAAUUGGCUGGAUGGUUGAAAUUCUUUCCCCUACAUACAUCUCAAAUAGUAUGCUCAGAAGAACAAAGUACAAUCUAAAUGCCCUAUCUCAUGACUGUGCCAUUGGACUGAUAGAAAAAGUCCUAGCUCAGGGAGUUCAGGUUGCGGAGAUCUAUGUAGACACAGUUGGCGAUCCGGGAAAAUAUCAGGAGAAACUCAAGGGUCUGUUUCCCGACAUAGAUAUCACUGUUGCAAAGAAGGCUGACGCUGAUUACCAGAUAGUUGGGGCUGCCAGUAUCUGUGCAAAGGUUGCUAGAGACAAAGCAGUGAGAAACUGGCAGUUUCUAGAGGAGAUAAUUUUAGAAACCAAUAGUUACGGCUCAGGCUACCCUUCAGACCCAAACACCAAGAAGUUCAUGUCGGAUAGCCUGGAUCGCGUGUUUGGAUUUCCCCAGUUUGUCCGGUUCAGCUGGUCUACGGCAACAAAGAUCAUAGAGAAAAACGGGGUUGUCUUUCGAUGGGACGAUGACGAUGAUGAGGAGAAUGAUAACAAGAAUACCCAGUCCCUGCUGAAGUUCAUGGGCGGGAAGAAGGACCCAAGUGCCCAGAGGCACAGAUUCUUCAAGGACCGGUGUCUUAACAUUGCCACAGAGUUGUAGCAGGAAUGGCAGUUAACAUUGGACUGUAUGGGCUUUCACUAAAAGCUUAAGUACUAGCGGUAAAAAUCAACACAUCUUAGCCUAUACCUGGUAAUAUGUUUGCCAGGUUUAUUCAAACAGUGAAUUUCAAGAAGCUGUGAUUCUUUAAUACUGAGAUCAAGUAAAAGUGCAGAAAUUGAGUCUAAUAACUGGAGCACUAACUUUCAUGAUUUGUUUACUGUUCAAAUGGUGAGACAUUAUUAAUAUCAAUUGGACUUUACUUAAAAUAUUAAGAAUGAUUUUAUGAAACAUAAUAAGACUGACAUUAUAUAGAACUAUCAGUGCCAAGCCAACAUAGGUUUUAUGAUUCAAUGGUUGCAGACCACAGAAAGAUUAAUACUGUCAUUAAAUAGAAACAACUGUAAAAUUAACUGUCAGUCUUGUUCAAAUGGUCUGUAUUGCAAGAAAUGUAUCUCAAAAGUCUAUUAUCCCAAUUAAAUUUUAGAGAAGGCAAAACACUGGACUGGUGACAGUAUAAACAACAUUAAUUAAUAAGUUUGUCUGUUUCACAGUUUGUAGAAGAAAACAGGUCUAGAUAUUAUCACAGCCUUUUUUGUGGUUGUGCAAAAAAAUAACUGGCCGUAACUCUAAAACUAUUUUAGAUAUUUAAAUGAAACUUGGUACACAUUUUGCCAAAGACAAUAUGCACAUAUCAAGCAAACCCAGAACCCUGCCUCUAAUAAUUGUUGAAUCAAAAGACAAGUGUGUUUGUUCUGCUGCGCUUUCGUAUUGCAACUCUACACCUACAAAUACAAAACAAUGGUCAGUAGUUGCAGAAAUAAAGAUGUGAUCCUAGCAAAGUUCAUACUGUCCACAAUAGGUUUGAAACAUGAAUGUGUUCACAUACACUUGUGUUCAUAUGAUAUAGUACAUGUAUUUGCUGUUUAAUUGAAUUAUAUGUUACGAAAUAAAAUAAUGCCUGAUAAA